AUGGACAUCUCCAUUGCUCAAAAGAAACUCAAACUCGCUUCCCCGGGGGGCCAAAAUCUAAUCGACGGUCUCCCAGAUGAAUGCGUUCAAAAGAUCUUCGGCUUCCUCGUCAACUCCCAAGACCGCUGCAACUCUGCCGCGGUCUCAAAGAAAUGGCUACAUCUAAUGGCGAGCAUGAGAGUCUCAGGCGUUGAAUUGCCUGAGCAAUCUCCUCCUCAUCAUCCUCAACCUUUCUCUCGUUGGCUAAUGGGGGCGAAAGCCAACAACAUUAGGCUCGCUGCUCUUGCAGUUCGAGCCUACCCUCCUCGAGCUCUCACAUUCCUCUGUAUCGUGGGGUUGCCUCGUUCGUUUUCAGUCACUGAUGAUGGCCUUGAAACCAUUGCGAAAGCUAGCCCAUCACUCAAGUGUUUAAGUCUCUGGGACUGUGAUUCGGUCAGAGACAUGGGUUUUCAAGCAAUCGCAAAAUGGUGCAGGGAUUUGGAGAGGCUGAAUCUGAUCAACUUGCCUCUAAUCAGUGAUAAUGGCCUGUGUUCUAUAGCAAGCAGUUGCACAGAGCUGUCAGCUGUGAGUAUUGAGUCAUGUCCUCUCAUCAGAGGCGAGUCGUUUGAGAUUAUCAGGAAAAAGUGUUUGAAGCUCAAAGUUCUGUCUCUGGUGAAAUGCCCUCGUGUUCAAGAUUCAGGAAUCAUAUCGCUCGUUUCGAAUUUGCCCCAAUUGCUCAGGCUCAAGAUUUCGAUGAUGCGGAUUGGAGAUGAGGUAUUAAAAACGAUCGUAAACCAAGGCAAAGCUCUUCAGGUGUUACAUUUGGAGAAGGUCAAGGGUCCUACUGAGAUGGGCUAUUCUCUGAUUGGAGCAAUGGAGGAGCUCAAGUCACUCAAAUUGAGACUCUGUGCCGGCUUAACAGGAGAAAGCUUCAGAGGAUCAAAAUUUACAGGAUUGAAGUCUAUCGACAUACGAAGAUGCAUCUCGUUAACAGAUGAGGUUCUAAUAGAGCUAUCAGAAUCUGCCAAAUUGGUUAAGUGCUUGAGAUUAGAGGAAGACAUUGGAUUCAGUUCCAAAGGGCUACUGCAAGCUCUCAGAAAUUGGAGGGACACACUAAAGAUCCUCUCUUUAAAUAAAUGCAGGAUCAUCGAGAACCAAGAAAUUACAAAACCUGAACAUUUCCUUCUACUCAACAAUUAUCCUCUUUUAUCCACACUUGAGCUGAGAGAUUGCGAUGGGAUCGGCGAUGAAUUCCUCUCUUGGAUGGCACUCUCUUGCAACCAAGCGAAGAAAAUUAGCUUGACAGGCAUGAGCUCUUUCUCCGAUCAAGGACUGCUUCGCCUCUUGAUGUUUCAAAACGCUGCCGAUAACCUCGUAAGCUUAGAGCUGAGUGGUUGUAGAACGGUAAGUGAUCAGGCUCUGAAUGUUAUAGUGAAGGGAUUAGGAUCAGGGCUCAAGUCUGCGAAGCUAGAGAACUGCAGUGGUGUCAGUGACAAGAUCAUGAAGACAAUUGCUUCACAUUGUGUUGUGCUGGAAGAACUGAAGGUGGAUGGAUGUGAGAUUACUGAUAUUAGUCUUUGGUGUUUGGUUUUCAAAGGGAAAGAUAGGUUGCAGUCGUUAUCGAUGGCGGGUUGUGCAGGUAUAAGCGAUUUAGGACUCGAGUGUCUCGAGCAGAUGAGAUGGGAUAAUCUGAAGAUGCUUGACAUAAGGAACUGUCCGAGGAUCAGUAGCCAAAGUAUUGAAUUUUUUCGGGAAUGGAUUUGGUGGUGCAAAGUGAUUUACUAA